AGUGAGGACAUAACAAACAUGAGAGUAUAGGCGUCUAACCAAACAGUAAACAUCUUUGCCCUGAUAAUUAUAUACCAGCAUUACUAGAUUUCAACAGUUGCUAUGCGUUAUAUUUAAGUUCUCUUCUGAAUAUUUAAGCCACUUGUCAAGACCUCUUCUCUGCAGUGGACUGUUCACUUGUCAGCAUGGACACUGAGGGGCCCCAGUCUCUGUGUGAGAUGUGUCUGACUCAGGUCUGCCUCCUUCUGGACGUGCUGUGCACCAGGCGCCCUGAUCACACGCUCUGUCUCAGCACAGGCACGGUCUUCCCACAAGAGAUGGCCGAUCAGCUUCUGUAUUUGAUGAGUAAAAAAGGUAUACUUGAUGACUCAACACUUGGGAUUUUCCGAGACUGUAAACAGUUCCGCCUUCGCCGAGCCAUCAUCCGCUCCUGCAAAGUGUCUGCUGAAGCUUUCCGCCUGGCCCUCUGCCCCCACAGACUCCAAGAAUUGGAUGCAUCUUGGGUCACCGGAGGCCUCACUGGGGCUGAUAUCGUGUCUGGCUUGGCUUCUAACCCAGAGUGUAGAACAAGCCUGCAGAGGUUGUCCCUGAAUGGACUGUGUUUGGAUUGGAGUACUUUAAAGGAGGGUGAGGGAGGGGGUGUAGGGUUCAGCUCCCUGCGGGGUCUAAGGACACUUUGCCUUGCCAAUACAGACCUAGAUGAUGAAGUUCUUGAAGAUAUAUGCACUCUACCUCAUCUUGAAGUGCUAGAUAUCUCCUGUUGUGCCGUCUCCACGCUCACUCCCCUGCUUCAGUGCAAAAACACACUCAAAUCUUUGAUAGCACAUCGGCUCAGGCAGCUUGAUAUGUCACCCUCUAGACUGCUCUCUGUCCUCACCCAGCUUCACAGUGUAAGACAUCUGGACUUUUCGGAUGACCAUUUAAGUGAGGACAGUGAUGGCAGCAAUGCAGAUGAGACUGUACGCCAACUUCUGGAGGGCAGUCCCCAGGUGCUCCCAUCCCUGGUGUCUCUAGACGUGUCCGGUCGAAGGAGAAUCACCGAAACAGCAGUGAGGGCGUUCAUAGAAGCCAGGAGUGGAGUGGUUUUCUUGGGGCUGAUAGCGACUGGCGUUAGUUCCUGUGAUGCCCUGGAGAAAUGCAAAAAUCUAAAGGUAACUGGAGAAGCUAAUGAGAGCCAGGUGUGUGAGGCUUUGAGAAGGUACAGAGACAGAGAGUGUUUCAUUCGAGAGGCCCUUGUCCAUCUUUACAAUCUCACCACAGACAACGACAAACCACGGCCUGAUAUGCUCAAGCUGGUGUUAAGUGGGAUGCAGAGCCACCCCUCGUCCCUCCAGGUUCAGCUGGUGGCCACAGCCUGUGUGUUUAACCUGACCACUCAGAACCUGUGUGAGGCCAUGCCUGUCCCCCUGCUCUCCUCCACUGUCACCCAGCUGCUAUUGGCCAUGGAGAUGUUCCCCAGACAUACACAAGUCCAAAUGAACUGUCUUUUGGCUCUGUGCAGUGACUACAUGCUUCAGGACGUACCAUUUGACAAGUAUUUUGCUGCCACGUUGGUGAUUAACUGGCUGAGCAGCCAUGAGGAUCCUACUCUUCAGAGAAUGGCUGUAGCUGUUAUCUCCGUCCUCAUAGCAAAGCUGUCCCCAGAAGAGACUGCACAGCUCAGCAAGGACGUCUCUAUAAUGAAGCAGCUGCUGGCUAUUGUCCAGCAGAAAGCCAUGGUCGGGGUUGUGGACUCUACUUUGAAAUUUGCUUUGAGCGCUCUGUGGAAUCUGACCGAUGAGAUGCCCACCGCGGCCCGCAACUUCAUAGAAUGUCAGGGUCUGGAGCUGUACGAGGAGGUUUUGGAGUCCUAUUGCACCGAACCAUCUGUUCAGCAGAAAGUUCUUGGCCUUUUGAAUAAUUUGGCUGAGUUAGAGGAGAUGCAGUCUGAUCUUAUGGAUGAGGAACUUCUGGAGCAUGUCCUCAGUCUCUUGCAGGACGCCCAGUUGGAGGUUGAGGUGCGAUACUUUGCUGGUGGGAUUUUGGCUCAUCUUGCUUCCAGACCAAAAGUCUGGACUUUGGAUGAAGACCUCCGCACCACUGUACUUGCCCAACUGCAUUCUUCCAUAAUGACCUGGUCUCACCUGGAGAGAGAGAUGGUCUCCUAUCGGUCAUUCCAACCCUUUUGCCCUCUGCUUCAGACCGGCCAGCCUCCAGGAGUGCAGCUGUGGGCAGUCUGGGCCAUACAUCUGGUCUGCAGUCAAAACACCCCACAUUACUGCAGUAUGUUGGAGGAGGAAGGUGGGACAGAACUUCUCAAAGCUUUGGCUGCUCAUUCAGACACCCACCAUGAUGUUAAAGGACUGUCAGAGAAGAUCAUGUCUAUGGUAGAGCGACAUCAAACUCAAAACUCCUGAUAAAUAUAAGAGAAACAUUAUGUGUAAGGGUCACUGUAAACUUACAAGAUUAUGAAGAAAUAUUUUUAAAAUUGGUCUGAUGGUGUGAACUCACUACAGCAUUGGUCACUAGAGGGUGCUAUAUCCAAAGGAAUAAUUAUGCUGUUUUUAUUUUUGAAAAUCGUUUACUUAUUACUUAUUAUGACUGGAUUGGAACUAAACAUACUGCUGUACUUUUCCUUAUCUUAUUUUUUUCUACUGAUGUCCUUCCCCAUACAUGAAAUAGUAACAUAACAGCUUCAUAACAAAGCUGCUUUUAGGCAUCUAAGUUGUUUUUAAUAAAUACCUUUAAAAACG